AUGUGUGGUCUUAAAAGUGCUGCAUUUGUGAUUAUUUUUGGUGAUGCAAUUCAUAAUUUUAUCGAUGGUAUUGCUGUUGGUGCAAGUUUUGUUAUUUCAAAUCCAUUUGGUAUAGCAACAAGCAUUGCUGUCGCAUGUCACGAAUUACCGCAUGAAUUAGGUGAUUUUGCUGUUUUAAUUGAAUCUGGCCUUUCCAUUCCUCGUGCCAUGUUGCUGAAUUUUCUUUCUUCUCUAACUGCUUUUGCGGGCCUAUUUGUUGGCCUAGCAGCAAUUAGUGUGGACAGUGCUGUAGAGAUAUUGUUGGCCAUUACAGCUGGAAUGUUCCUGUAUGUUGCUUGGCUUGAUAUGUUAAUACAUUUGAAAAAGGAAUCAGCAUCGACAAAUGACAAAUGGUAUGUGACAUUGUUUCUUCAGAAUAUUGGCUUUAUCUCAGGUUUCUUAAUUAUGUUUAUAAUUGGUUGGUAUGAAGAAGUACUUGCAUCACUUUAG